AUGCCCAGCAGGUUCUCACUAUGGCCUGGGCCCCAGAGUGCCGGUCCCAGAUGCUGGCCUGGCCAGUUUUGGGCUGAGUCUCCGUCAUCAUGGUUUAUCUUCGGCAGUGGGACUCACCUCUAUGUCCUAGGUCAGCCCAAGACCUCGCCUAUGGUCACUCUGUUCCUGCCAUCCUCUCAGGAGCUCAAAACCAACAAGGCCACACUGGUGUGUCUCAUCAGUGACUUCUACCCGGGCACCAUGACAGUGGCCUGGAAGGCAGAUGGUACCACCAUUACUCAGAGUGUGGAGACCAGCAAACCCUCCAAACAGAACAACAACAAGUACGCUGCCAGCAGCUACCUGACCUUGACGGCUGCUCAGUGGAUGUCUCAUGACAGCUACAGCUGCCUGGUCACACAUGAGGGGAAAACCAUGGAGAAGAAGGUGAUCCCAGCAGAGUGUGCUUAG